AUGCAUAUGAAAGCUGCCCCCCUAUUGUGCAUACUGCUAUGCGUUGAUUGGGCAUUUGGAAGGAAGAACAAACAUGGGAUUAAGUCCUACAUCAAGCCAUGUCACGGGGACGCGCAAUGGAGGGACCCACGUACAGUGAGAAAACACACACCCCUAGGGUGUAAGAAGAAAUGGAGCGAAGUAGAACAUAACGAAUGUGGCAUGAGUCUUAACAUUUUAAAAACAAAUGAAAAAAAAGUAAUUGAAAAUUUAAAAAAAAGAGGAAUGGAUAAAAAUAUAAACCAUGUUAAAAUGUUAAAGGAUUUAAUAGAGGAAAAAAAUAAACUCGAAAUGUUAAGAAAUAAUCUCCGAAAUAUGAGGAAAGUUUUAUCAGAUCGGGUAAAAAAUUUAAUGUUUGCUCAGAACACCACUGUUAACAGUGGACCCCAGGGUGAAAUGUCUGAGGACGCACCCUGCAUGGAUAGGAGAGAAGUGAAAAUGGAAAGACCGUGUCCACAAAAGGACAACCAUUUUGAAGAAUGCAAUGUCGAACAAGUGAAAAAAGAAAUAAACCAAAUAAACGAACAAAUUGAUAUUAACGAAACGAAAAUAACACAAUUGAGGUACAAAAUAGAAGACCAUUUCAGCAAGCUGCCAAACCUUUUACUAAGCAAAGUACCGAAGGGGAAAACAAACAAGGGAAGCAAAGUAGUCAAAAUGUACAAAAUAAAAAACGUCGAAAUGGACACAGAUAAUACUUCCAUAAUACCACAUGAAGAAAUUUUAAAAAGAUUCGACAAUAAUCAACACAUUUUUACAAACAUAACGAACAAAAUUGGCUUUGGGUAUAACAUACUUGUAAAUAAUAUUGCCAAAUUGGAGAGGGCAUUAAUUAACUUCAUGAUUAAUACACAUGUAAAUAAAUUUCACUACACAUAUGUAAAGACGCCAGUAAUAGUUGCCAGAUCAGCCUUAACGAACACUGGGCAACUACCAAAAUUUGAGAAUGAUUUGUUUAAAAUUAAUAACAAUUAUAAAAUUCUAAACGAAGAAGCUUUUCUAAUUCCUACUAGUGAAGUCUCUCUAUUAAACCUAUUUAGAAAUGCCCAUUUAGAUUCUGAAAAUUUACCCAUUAAAUUAGUGAGCCAUUCUUCAUGCUUUAGAAUAGAAAAAAACUUUACCUAUGGAAAAGGAUCUAAGGGUUUGCUGCGUGAACACAUUUUCGAAAAAGUAGAAUUAGUUAACAUCACCGAUAGGAAAAGCUCUCAUGUGUUUUACAAAGAUUUAAUUAAACAUAGUGAAUAUAUUUUAAAGAAAUUGAAAAUUCCUUACAGGGUAGUUCUUCUCAAUUCUUUUGAAACUCCAUUUUCUGCAUCCAUCUGUUAUGAUUUAGAAGCCUGGCUACCUAGUCAGCAACGAUUUAUCGAAGUCUCUUCGUGCUCCAAUUGCCUAGAUUUCCAAGCAAGGAAACUAAAUUUAAAAUAUAAAAAGAAGGACAAUAACUAUUUCUGCCAUACUAUUAAUGGGUCUGGUUUGGCCGUAGGACGUGUCUUGGCAAUCAUCCUGGAACAGUACCAAAUAGGCGGGAGCUCCAAAAAUGAAAAAAAGCAGCUCAUCAUUCCAAAGCCCUUGCAGAAAUUUAUGAACGCGUCAGUGAUUAAUUUAUAG